UGAAGAUUAGACUUUGUCUGUGGACUCAAGGGAGGGAUUGGACUGUGGUGCUGCAUCUGUUCAACCUCACAUCAUGCAGAGGAGUCCCCGCUCGGUGUAUCCAGCUGUGAGUAAAGCCGGGUCGUCUCCCAGUUCUAAAAUCCUCGGAUGCCACGAGCAGCUGGACCCAAAGGGCAACCAGGACGCUGAGGACCCCAGGGAAUACUGUUAUGGUGGGUACCACCCAGUCCAGAUAGGGGACACUUUCAAUAGAAGGUACCAGGUGGUUUCUAAACUCGGCUGGGGUUAUUUCUCCACUGUUUGGCUCUGUUUGGACCUCAGGUUGGGUCGACAUGUGGCUGUGAAGGUGUUGAAGAGCGGGGCUGGUUUCACUCAGGCCGGACAUGAUGAACUGACCCUCCUCCGAUGCGCCGGGGGUCCUACGAGCCGCCCCCCACCCAGUCAAAGGAUCGUUCAGCUGCUGGAUGAGUUCAAAGUGGCCGGGGUCAACGGGGUCCACAUCUGCCUGGUUCUGGAACUAUUGGGUCCAGACCUGAGGAGUCUGCAGAUGUGUUUAGGGAAUCCAGGACUGUCACAACCGGUGGUCAAACAAAUACUAACACAGGUUCUGCAGGGUCUGAACUACCUUCACACCCAGUGUAAAAUCAUCCACACAGACAUCAAACCAGAGAACAUCCUGCUGUGUCUGGAGGAGUGUCAAACAUCACCAGCAGGGGGCAGCAGCUCCUCCUGUAAACAGGCCAAGUCUACAGAUGGGAAGGAGAUGAAGCCACACACUUUCAAGGAUAUUCAAGUGAAGAUCGCUGACCUGGGGAGCUCCUGCUGGGUGUACAAACAUUUUUGUGAGGAGAUCCAGACCCGCCAGUACCGCUCACUGGAGGUUCUACUGGGGUCAGAGUACGGACCACCGGCUGACAUCUGGAGUGUCGCCUGCAUGGCCUUCGAGUUGGUCACAGGAGACUCGCUGUUCGAACCCAAAGCCGGAGACUCCUUUUCCCUGGAGGAAGAUCAUAUAGCCCAGAUUAUGGAGCUGCUCGGUAAAAUCCCACCAGUCAUUGCCUUUUCGGGUAAAUACUCUGCAGAUUACUUUGACCGCAGAGGUGAUUUGCGUCGAGUCGGUCCGCUGAGGCCCUGGAAGCUUUACGACGUCCUGCUGGAGAAAUACCACUUCAUGUUGGAGGAGGCUUCUGGAUUCUCAGACUUUCUUCUUUGCAUGUUGGAUUAUUAUCCAGAGACGAGGGCGACUGCUGCUCAGUGCCUUCGCCACCCUUGGCUGGCGUCUGAUGACCUCUGAAAGGCCCCGCCCACAUCUGCAGCCCUCAGACAGAUGCUUGUAGUCGCUCCAUCUAAGACUAUCUAUGAGAUUUCAAUAGUACACACAACAUCUGGGAUUCUCAAGGAGAUCGUGUCACUCACUUGAAGUGAUUUGUAAAUUCCUGGGGUGUGGCGCGGUCCUUAUCGCACACCGUAAAGAUAGGAUGCCCCUCCCCCUGCAGGCUCGUAUUGCACUAUAUGCUGUGUUUACAUGUAGACCUUUCACAGCCUUUUGUGGAUGCUGGACUGGAAGCCCAGAAGAGCUCACAGUCAUGUAAUCACUGUCUUUUGCUGAACUAAUGUGAUGACGACUGUGUUA